GCGCGAGAUGAGCGCGUGCGCGCCGGCGAUACCGCGAGGACACGCCGCAUGCGCUGUGCCAGCCCAACGGUCGAUGCUGAGCCGCCGCCAUCGGGACGGAAGGAUGUCAGUUGUACCAAGCAGCACUCCCAAGCUGAAGCAGUGGAUGAUCGAACAAGUGGAUAGUGAGAAGUAUCCAGGCCUGGUCUGGGAGGACCGCAAGCUCGGAAUGUUCCGGAUCCCCUGGAAGCACGCCAACCAUCAGGACUACAGGCACGACAAGGACGCUGCUAUUUUUGAGGCCUGGGCCAGGUUCAAGGGGCCAUGCCGGGAUUUGCGUAACCUGAACCCACGCACCUGGAAGUCGAGGCUGCGAUGUGCACUCCACAAGAGCAGUGAUUUUGUGGAGGUCCCAGAGCGCUCCCAGCUCAACAACUACCAGCCGUACAAAGUCUACAAGAUCGUCGACAGCAGUUUCAGUCAGGAGAGGAUGUCGCCGUCCAUUCACCUGCUCGCAGUGAAACUGGAGAUCAAUGACAGCGAUGGAAUGGAGAAUUCACAGCAGAGUUCACCCGGCACACAGCUUGGAGUGUCCGAGCAGCAGGCAGAGUGUGAAGUACCUCCUCUCCAUUAUCAGCAGGCUGAGAGUGACAGUAGCUGUGAGCCCUUUUCUGGGUUUGAGGCAUCCCCUCCCGAAGAAGCUUGCGUUGAAAAUACCUCGUUGAAGUGGAGACUGCCGGCCCCUGAUAGAGACGAUCCUGUCGCUCUAGGAAUCCCUUCCCUUACAAACCGGGCAUGUUCCAUAUAUACUCCCACUGACGGCGCACCCGCCAAUCCGCUGCGAGCUGUGGCAGGUCCGGCCGCUGAUUGGACUGGACACAAUGGUGACCCGAAGAGCGUGCGGAAGCGGCAACCAAUCAACUGGCGGCAUUCGGCAACACGGGCCAAUCGUAGUGCUGCAAAUGUGACAAAGCUCACGCUUCGGGUCCGACAAGGUGUUCAUCCAAUCAUGACCGAGUCCGUUCUACAUCACGUGGCCCGGCAACCGACGGAUCCACCAAUCAGGCUUCGACGGUUCUCGGUGACAACAGCAGGAGAGAGGUUUCCCGCCAAAAACAGCCAGCGUCUGGAUCUGGGGGAAAGUCUGAUGGCUGUGAAUGUGAACUGGAGCCCCAACAAGGCACUUCUGCUUGUGUUUGAAGCCAAAACCUGA